UUUGAACAUGAAAACGAAUGAAAUAUGUUUCGAGUAGAUGUAAGCAAUUGUAUUGAUAGUUGAGACCCCUUUGACAUAUAUGUUUUUGCGGCCACGCGGAAGGAUUUCAUUCUCGAGCUGGGUCGACGCUUCCGCCCAGUUUUCCGAUGUUCAUUGCCCGAGUUGAAAAUGGAAUUCGAUUAAAGCAGAUGUCCAACAACUUCUUCGAGAAAAAUUUACUCACCGUUUUUGCCUAAUGUACUUCAAUUUCAUCAUUGAAAUUAGUUUGUAGGCCUGUCUUUUUCCCCCCAGUUGUGGAGGUUAUAAUUCAACGUACACCGACACAUUGACGGAUCAACGCUGCAGCGCUUUUCAAGUGUUGUCCUGGACCUGAAGUUGGCGAGGGAACGCUCGAUAGCUAAACACGAAUAACGUGCCAAAUGUCGGGUUUAUUUUGUAAAAAAUGUAGCAUCUGAACACAUUGGAUUUCGUGUUGGCGAAGAGGAUGUCGAAGCUGUGUAUUUUAUUCUGGUUGGAUUUUACUUCCAGGGAAGAUAAAAUGAAUCAUCGGUUGUCAUUCCUCCUGGCAAUUUAGUUACAGCUAGCUAGGCUACUUGGUUUUCCGAAAUAACGCUCACUUAUGCAUGCACCACUGUAAGACCAUUUACUUUUAUCCAAUAUCUGGGUGUUUUAUGCAAAAGAAAAUGGUGAUAUUUGCGGUUUAUUUCCCCGCCGUCACUGCGUCCUCGAUGCUAUUGCCAGGAUUUGGAUCCCCUUGAGGAAAGAUGAGCGAAGAUUCGACAAAUCCAAACAACGAUGACAGUUAUGCGCGUGUGAGAGCAGUGGUCAUGACUCGGGAUGACUCCAGUGGUGGGUGGCUGCCUCUGGGAGGCGGGGGCCUCAGCUGCGUUACCGUCUACAAAGUCAGCCAGACAGCGGACAUCAACGGCAGCACCACAGACCCAAACACCACCACCACCAACCCCACAGCAGACUUCCUCAUCAAGGGGGAGAGGCUGAAAGACAAAUCGGUUGUUCUGGAGUGUAUUCUAAAGAAGGACCUGGUCUACAACAAGGUCAACCCCAUAUUCCACCAUUGGAGGAUCAACGACAAGAAGUUUGGCCUGACCUUCCAGAGUCCUGCCGAUGCCAGGGCCUUUGAUAGAGGGAUCCGCAGGGCCAUCGAGGACAUCAACCAAGGCUGUCCUGCGUUUGGUGACUCGGACUCCCUGGAUGGAUUACAGCCCCUGUGUGAGGAGCCGCCCUCCAUCUGUACACCCAUGAAGGAGCCCUUCUCCCCCCUGAGUGUCCACAGUGUGGUGUCCACUGAGCCCUGCCGAGGCUGCUAUGUCCGCGCUCAGCCUUUUGACGAGUUCCCCUCCAGCAACCGGCGCUACCUGCCUCCUCAGGUCUCCUUCAAGUCGACGCGCCACGUGAGCUUUCACAUGGACGAGGAGGAGAUCGUUAGGAUCAACCCUCGCAAGGACGUUCUGAUCCGCGGUUACGAGGACUACCGCCACCCCUUCAUGUGGAAGCAUGAUGUGGAGCGAGAGGACCCCGACUUCCCCGCCUCCUUCCACAAACUGGACACCAAGAAGUGUGAGUACCUCUUCCCCGAGGGGCCGGGCAUGGAGUCCCACUCGGGCCCUGGGAGUAUGGGUAUGGACACAGGGCGAGGGCUGGGUAAAGACUCCUCCAUCAAGACCCAGCCCUCGCCGCUGCUCAAGUCCAAAAAAGGGCGGCGGCGGCGGGAGGAUGGUGAGCGUUCACGCUGUAUCUACUGUCGGGAAAUGUUCAACCAUGAGGACAACCGGCGGGGGCAGUGCCAGGACGCUCCAGACCCCAUCAAGCAGUGCAUCUAUAAAGUCAGCUGCAUGCUGUGUGCCGAGAGCAUGCUGUACCACUGCAUGUCCGACUCUGAGGGAGACUUCUCGGACCCGUGUUCGUGUGACACGGCCGACGAGCAGUUCUGCCUGCGCUGGCUGGCCCUGACGGCACUGUCCUUCAUCGCUCCCUGUAUGUGCUGCUACCUGCCGCUAAGAGCCUGCCACCACUGUGGGGAGGCCUGCCGAUGCUGCGGGGGCAAGCACAAGGCCGCCGGGUGACCUGACUGAACUCUGACCCCCCCCCUCACCCGGGACGACCUACCCACAACACAGCUAGCUAACACAGGAAAGCGGAAGCUUGUUUUUCCAUUCACCUCUCAAAGGGGGGGUGACAUGUUGUUAUAGACCCCUGGCUCUGGAUGUCUUUUGGAGAUGUUUGUGUCCUCCGACGCAGAGAGCAACGGAAGACCGACCUCGUGCUUUUACGGGGCUCUGAGUGUGAAGUUAAGUUCAGGAGCUGAACGCGAGGAGAAGGCAUUGUGAUUAACAGACAUGGUGAUAUUACUAAACACACACUCACACUCGUACAUAAUACACACAGGCAGGCCACCAUGUCAGACUCUCUCUAGAAGUAAUGUGUAACUUUAUGAAGGAAUAACAAAUGACGACAAAAAGAAAAGGAAACAAUUGUGUGGAAAGAAAACAUACUUAGUGUUCCAGUAUGCUGAAAGGGAUAUUUUCUUGCAUUUUUGUGAAAUUGCGUUUGGGUAACAGUGGCCUUUCCUUUGACUCGAGCAUUGGCCGACAGUGUAAUUAUUAGACAGAGAAAGUGCACCAGACAUGUUUUAUCCUCCCCCCAUAAAGGUAAACUUCACACAAUUCUAAUGGUACGUUAAACCAUAAGACCAUUCUUACAGAGUCAUUUAACAGUUCAGAGAUGUUGCUGUGGUGGAUGUGUACGUGUUUCCUUAUUUUGUACUAUUCAUCGAAUGUUGAACAAAAAAAGAGCGUAAGGCCUUUAUCUUUUGACGGGUACAGUAUGACAUAGCUUUUGACGUUCGCCAUAGAUAAUGUUAGAAUUAUUUCCUUGUUUUGGUAAGGCGAUUUGGACCACUUAUUUGCAUUCCAACAUAAAGGGAUCGAUUCCAUGAGCAGAAGGGAAAACAUGGUAAUGUAUUUUG